AUGUGGAACGUGCGAGGGGUGGGCACGUCUCAAGGGAGGAUAGGAAAGUUAGUGAAGAAACACAAUGUAACAAUUCUAGGGAUUGCUGAACCUUUUCAUAGGGAAGAUAAAAUGAAGGUUCUUGCUCAGAAAAUAAAGUUACCAAACUUCAUAUCAAAUGAGAAAGAAGGAGGUAAAUUAUGGGUUUUUUGGAGUGAAGACUACAAGGUUGAUUGGGUUCAUUUUUCGAAUCAAGCUUUACAUGGGGUUUUUAGGAAGGGGGAGUACAAGAUGUUAGUUUCGUUCAUUUAUGCGAAAUGUAAUGCUUUGGAUAGGAGAACUCUUUGGCAGGAGUUGGAGAGGAUUAGGAUGAUUGGUUUUCCUUGGGUGGUUUCUGGUGAUUUCAACAUCAUUAGAAAUGAUACUGAGCGAAUAGGUGGAUGUCCUAGACCUCUUCAGGCUAUGGAAGAUUUCAACGACUGCAUUGAUAGGUGUGGCCUAUUAGAGCUAUCAGUUAUGGGACAAAAACUAUCUUGGUGCAAUGGACAUGAAGGCUUGACGAGAAGCUGGGCGCGGCUUGACAGAACACUGGUGAGUGAUGAGGUGUUCCGUGACUUCCCAGAUGCAGGCAUGAAGUACUUGUCUGGUAUGUCUUCUGAUCAUCGUCCUAUGAUUAUUCACUUGCAGAAGCAGUUUAUCUCUUAUGGGCCGUCUCCAUUUCGUUUCCAACGAAUGUGGUGCGAGCAUGAGUUGUUUUUGCCGUGUGUGGAGGCAGCAUGGAAGUCCCAUGAUAGGAGCCUGGUGUUGGGUGGUUUAGAAAAAUUAGCAGCUAAACUGAAGGUUACUAAAGAAGCUUUGAAGGUUUGGAAUAAACAAGUCUUUAAGAGAGUAGAUAAUGUUAUUUUGGAGCUGGAAGAACACGUGGAGGCGCUUGAUAGUAGGUUACAAUGUUCGGAGGAUGUGGAACAAGAAUUUUUGAAUGCUAAGAUUGAACUGGAAGAGUGGCAAAGAAGGGAGGAAAUUAGACUAGCUCAACUAGCAAAAAAGAAAUGGUUGACUGAUGGUGAUAAAAAUUCCAAGUUUUACCAGAUCAGCAAGGAGAAGUCUGCUAUAUUCUUCUCAAAAAGUUGCUCAGUGGCUCAGAAAGGAGAGGUACUAAGAGAGUCAAGCUUUAAGGAGGGUCAGUUUCCAGUUAUUUACUUGGGAGUUCCGGUGGUACAGGGUCGGCUGACAGCUCGCCAUCUUGAACCUCUGGUGGAGAAAACUAGGAAGAAAAUUGCAGUGGGAUGCAUUCCCGAGGUGAUCAACAAUAGUCAAUGGCGAAUCAGGGAGGGUUCUAUCUCGUUCUGGUUUGCCCAUUGGUUAGAGGAUGGCCCUUUGUCCAGGCAUGUAUCACAUAUUGAUCAACCAGCUCUUAAAAUUAAAGAUGUCUGCUUAGAUAGUGGUUGGAAUGUGGAUAAACUACUACAACUUGUAGGGGAGGACAAAGCUGCUAGUGUUAUGGCUAAAGUGAGCAAAUGUAGAGAAGGGGAGGAUGUUCUUAUUUGGAAACCUAGUAGUCGAGGCAAUUUCUCUUCCAGUGGUGCAUGGGACAUGAUCAGAGUUCGGUCUCCUCAAACCUCCUGGGCGAAAUGGGUGUGGCAUUCUGCAAUACCAAAGAGAAUGUUAGUGUUAAUGUGGAAGGCUUUAUCUGGAGCUUUAAGUGUUGAUAAUCGAGUUCGUCAAAUGGGCGUGUCCUUAGCUUCCCGUUGUGAUUGCUGUCUUAUGGGAAUGGAAGAAACUAUCAGCCAUGUUCUGAGUACAGGCGAUGUUGCUAAUGAAGUUUGGAGAAAGAUGUCUGGAAUUUUGGGCAUACGAUGGAGAUCUAAACAAAUGAAGGAAGGUUCUAUCUCGUUCUGGUUUGCCCAUUGGUUAGAGGAUGGACCUUUGUCCAGGCAUGUAUCACAUAUUGAUCAACCAGCUCUUAAAAUUAAAGAUGUCUGCUUAGAUAGUGGUUGGAAUGUGGAUAAGCUACUACAACUUGGGCUUGCAGCAAAUGCAAAUGCAAUCCCAUGGUUUUAUUGUAGUCUAACCGACUCCAACCCACGAACUAUAUAUACACAGGAAUUACUAGAUAGGAUGCACGAUGGCAAAGAUGAUCCAGUUGUCUAUUUCAGAAAAGUUGGAGAUUAG